UGAUUUUACACUGUCUGUCUGUCAUGUACUCAAUAAACCAACCAGAACCACCAGGCCAGCCUGGCUGCCUUUCAUUUCUCAGAGCUCAGCGACGUUCUCUGGCCACAGCAGGGAGCUGGGAGUGCCAGGCCAAGCGGAGCCGCAAGUGGAGCUGCAGCGUGUGCGGGCAGCGGCAGGCACUGCACAAGCUGUACGGACAGGGCUCGGGCCGGGACUGCAGGCUGCACGUCCAGAAGCUGAACUUGCUGCAGGGGGACGCGGAGGAGGCCGCUGCCCGCUCGGCUCGGUACACAGAAGAAUGUGAAAACGACAACAGAAAUGCAGCAGUCCUCCAUGAGAACAGUUUGGUACAGCAGGGGGAAAGGACAGAAAUCAGUCGCUGGAGUAAGUAUCUGGACAAGGGCAGUGAAGAUCAAGAAGAGGGGGAGGAGGAAGGAAGUACAGCAAGGCAGCAGUUCUGUUCCCAGAGGAAGAAUGCGGUUGAAGAACGAAGGCAAAAGCAGAAGAGCUUCCUUUACAGUGAUUUUCAGGAGAACUCAGAGGAAGAUGGUGCUUUCCAGCUUCUCUACCAAGCCAAAAAGUGCAAGAAAUGUUCAACAGAAGUGCCUGAUGAAGGUGAUGGAGAUGCUGUUUCUGCAGACAGUGUAGUGCCAGCUGUCUUUGAGUCCAUAGUGCCACAGCAGAACAGCCAACCCCCAGCUGCUUGUACCAAGCCCUCCAAGUGGGAAAAGUAUCUCUCCUGUUCUAACAACUGUAGUGAAAAUGCUGUUAUGGCCACUUUGUCACCACAGGAUGGCAGUGGAAGGUUGGGACCACACAGCACCACUGCAGUAAGUAUGGCCACUACACAUUUGGAACAGGCUCAAAGUGCUCUACCUCUAGGUACAGAUUUUGAACGUAAAAAGUGCAUUCCUAGCACUGAGCAACUCGCCUUAAAACUGCCUGGCAGUGUGCAGCCCAGCAUCAGUUGCUCAGGUGAGAAGGAUGCAUUGGCCAAAGAACCUCCAAGUCAGCUGCUAUGGGCUGGAGCUGGUGACUUCAGCACUGGUAGCAGACCUCCUGCACCCACCCUUGUGAGGCCCAAGCCUCACACCUCUUCUUGUGAACGCCUCUUCUGCACAGGUGAUGACUUUGAUGAUGAUUUCUGAGAAACUUGGGCAUCUUCACCAUUGCUUUUCUGUCUGUUUUUGGCUUGUAUACUGAAGCAAGAUUUUGAAGUGAAGGUGGUUUUAAGAGCAUUAUUAAAGAAGUUGUUUAAAGGCAA